ACUGGAGAAGCCCACCAGCAACAGCAGCAGCGAGUGUGUGUGUGUGUGUUGGUGUGUGUCUGUAUCCGUGUGUGUGUGUGAGAGAGAGAGUGUGUGACACAGGAUUAAACAUUAUUCGGUAGAUUAAACGCGUCUUCAAGUCGAGAUGCAUCCGGUCAACGUAUCGAUCCCGUCGUUUCGAUCAGAAAACAACUCGAUCGAGAGAGGAUACACGGUCUUUAGAAUUGACGUGCUGAUGAACGGCAGACAACACUCUGUGGAGAAACGCUACAGCGAAUUCCACGCUUUGCAUAAACUGCUGAAGAAGAGCAUCAAACCCCCUGAGAUUCCUUCGAAACACGUUAGAAACUGGGUUCCCAAAGUGGUGGAGCAGAGGAGACAUGGUCUGGAGCUCUACCUGCAGACUAUAAUCAUGGAAAAUGAGGUUAUUCCAAAGAUAUUCCUGGAUUUCCUGAAUAUCCGCCACUAUCCCUCAGUGCCAAAAACAGAGAGCUGUGGGUCAUUCGAUACCGAAUCAGAGGAAUCAAGUAAACUGUCCCAUCAGCCGGUCAUGUUGUUUCUGAGAGACCCCUACCUGCUACCAUCUGCACACGAUGCAUUUGCGAACGUUGUGAUCGAAGGUGUGAUCCAUGGAGUCUUCUACCCAGAUCUCCAGCCGAGGUAGAGUCGCAGAGCCGAAUCUGACGACGCAUCCCCACAAACGGGUGCUCCACAUUAUCACACCAUUUUCGGUGUGUAUCAUCGAGGACGAAACAUGGGAAGGUGCACUGAGCCUCAUCUGUAUUUCCACAAGCAUGUCACAAAAAAUCCAGAUGUUAAAAAGGGGCCUAACCUCUCAAUAAAUCACAGGCACCACAUUUCAACACAGACAAAUUAUGUUAUCCUAGUACUGACCUGUAUUUCAAUGAAUUUGACUGAUUCUUCCUAGAAAAACUGUUUAAGUUAACAAUUUAUUUCAGCUAUAAAAAUAAGUGUUAAUCAGUAAGGCAGAUUCGUUUGUCUAUUUUGAGACUUAACAAUCAAAAUAACCAGGAAAAGCUUGCAUAAGGUAUAAUCAAGAAGAUUAGUAGAGGAAAUGAUUAAGACUAAUACAUUAUAAUUGAUCAUCUUUUUCUUAAGGAAGCAAUGAGUUUAAUAAAAAUGUAGGAUACAAAUGGAAAUAUAACUCAAAGGUUGAUUGAAGUAAGGGAGAAUUGUUUUUUUUUUUAAGUUAAGUUACUAAGCUCCGUCUCUGGGGAACCAGACGAACUGAAGCUUUACCACAGACAGAGGAGUGUUUUUUUUUGUCCGGUCAGUUUAAAGCACCGGGCCGGAGAGUGGAGCUGGAUCAUGGCCUGCACACAGGGAGGUUCCCCAUCAUCUCUGCCAGUGAUGUCACCUUUGGAUCUGUUUUUAGCUGCCAAACGAGGCCAUCCGAGGUCGUGCAGGGAGGCAGCAGUGUGGGAAUGAUUCAAGCUUUAGUCGGAGGCUGUGGCAGAGAUCUGGGCGUCCUUUAAGUACCAUCAGAUUGCCUGUGUUGACAGAGCUGGUGGUGGUGAACUCUGUGGAGCUACUGGACGAUGUUGCUCACUUUGAUCUGGGGACCAUCUCCAGGUUCAGGGCUCAGAGCCAGUCUCUGUGAAAUGUAUCAGAAGUAUGUGGCACAACCUGCGAGCGAGGAACGACACGUUGAGCUCCAGACGGGCGUCUUUGGAGUUGCAGAAAGUGGAUGUUGACAAAACACUAAUUUGAGGAUUAGGGUGGCGUCCAUGUCUUUUUUACGCCUCCGCGCUUCCUUCGCUUGCUUAUCUUUCUCCCGCUGUGGCUCUGCCCACGUAUAUGAAACACGAGGAAGAGAAGGAGUGAGAUAUGAGCCUUUAAGAACAGCCAUUAAGAACUAAUCACAGGGUUUGAACUGCUGCUGUACACCGCACACAACCUCUCUCCUAGUUGGACUAUGAAGAACUGGACGGGCGCUCUGUGAGUUCAUACCUAUCUCGCCAUGUUAAAGACAGUGUGGGGGGGGGGGGAAUCGAGUCAGUAGUUUAGUAGAGUGGCAGAAAGAUCAAAAAUGGCGAUGAAACAUUUGGCAGAUGUGAACAUUUUCAUGAAAACCAGCUUCAAUUAGGGAAAAGUGUCCUGAAAACAGUUCCUAAAGGCCAGUGUCCAACACUAAUACCAGUGAUUUUGCAUUGAAUGUUGAAUUUAUACAUAAUAUAUAUAUAAGGUCAGUUUUUCGGUGUGGUGAUAAGUCACCCGUUGUGUAAAGGGAUUUGUGUGAUUUAAAAACCAGUAGAAACUGUGCAAUAUGAUCUAACAAUACACUUGAGAGUUGAUGUUGUUCCCUGUAAAUGAUGAACCUACAGAUCAUCUCCUGUUGUGUACACGCGUGUGGUGAAGCAUUGUCGCAUGUUGUCACUUCACAGACCGAGCACUUGUCCGACCAGCCUUCAGUGUUUUCUUAUGUGACUGGACCUCCACUACAGCACAGUGAUAGCUGCAUAUUUAACUGAAAUGAAUCUUGAACUAUUAACCUCAACUAAACCGAUCAUGAUUUUAUGUUUUAAGCAGAUCUAACAGUUUCCUAGACAUCCAUGUUGUGGACUGAUAUAUGUAUUUAUAUUGUGUAAAGUUUGCUCUGAUUCUGUGAAAAGUAUUAUUAAUGUGCCAUAGUGACGACGCACAGUGAACACUGAGCUGUAGCACUUUAAAAUGGGCGACAUGUUAAAAAGACUGACAUCAAUAAAAUUCAUUAUUUCCACAAAA